GACGGUCCAGGAAGGGAAUUGUGUGACAUCUUGUGACAGACGUGAUGAACGCGUCAGAGGCGUUCAAGUCACAUCUCAGCUCACCAUCCAGCGUCGACAACCCUGAUAUUCACAGCCUUUCAUCUCCAUGUCAGGCUCGACGCGCAAGAAAAAGGGCGCUAAAGGCCCUCAAGAUACAUUUGAAUCAAUCAAAGAUCUCCUCACCACGACGAAGGCGCAACUGUCGGAUGACGCGAAUAUCAGCAUCAGACCCUCACUAAUUCAGAACUUACACCGCGUCGCAGCGCUUGCGGAAACAUUCUCCGAACAACGCCCGAAAUCGGGGAAGGAAUGGGAUGAGUUGGCCGAUACGCUGGACCAGGAGGGUGUCAGUCUUUGGAAUAUCUCGGGUCUUGUACGCAAAUUUCCGGAAGAUGAUGGCCGAGCUCUCGUCGCAGCACUUAGACUGGCGGCGUUUCGCCUAGUAGAAGCAGGGUUAGAGGUGGAUCCCGGAGUAGAAACUCUUCUUAAUGUACUACAAAUAGCAAGUAAAACCGGGUCUGCUCUUUCAGAUAUCGGAAAGAACGAAAUGGCUAGUUCUGUUCUUUCCAGCGCCGCCAAGUUUGAGGAGAUGCUCCGGGUUAUCAGCGAUCCAGAUGGCUCCCAUCGACAACCCAAAGCAUGCGCAACAAUUGUUUACUUCUCCAGUAGAAUGGAAGCGGCCUGGAAAGAGGGUAAUUAUACCGUGGCUGAAUUCAUGUCAAGAAAGAUACUGGAUGAACAACAGCUUACACAUCUUCCCGCACACGACCGGCUGUCUUUGGCAGCAAAGCUCCAUGCAAUCGGCAAAUCUAUGUUGAAGGAUGGCACGACUGCACCUCGUAAUAAUGCGUGUGAUGCGGUGGUGUGGCUUCAGAGGGCGUUCACUCUGUUAGAUCAGCUUGACGACACGACGACACCCGUAGUAUCCCAGCUAAAGAUACCGAUACUUCGAACUCUAGCCAGAGCAUAUUUCCUCUCAGAGUCAUAUGAUAGAGCGGAGACAACUUUGCAAGAACUCAUCCCCACAAUUGACUCCUCAACUGAUCAUGACGGUCACGAAUAUCAGGAACUUCGGUGGCUUAGAUUAGCUGUUCUCAAGCGGCGAAAGGCUACAGACGGAGUGAUCCUUGAUGCGUUCAAGUCCAUAAUCGAUCACAUGGUGUUCUCGGACAUCACUGUGACAGAUAUUCUGCAAGAUCUAAGGACUCUGGCACAACGACAUACCCUUGUUACGGCUGUCAACCAACAGCUUUUACGUCGUGCUUUUGAAUCAACUGCGGAAUUCGUACACCGAAUACUAUUGUCUCUAAUAAUUCAUUGCUCCAAAGACGAGGACCAGGAUAGGGCUAUUGAGACUAUUGAUGCAGCAUUCACAUCUGUGCUAGAGGCUGAGUUCCGCCUGGAUUGUGUCCCCGCGACAGCAUGUAUAUCGCUUCUAUGGCAGUACGGAGAUCGCCAUUAUAGUGCGAAACGGUGGCUUCCAGCCACCAAAUGGUUUCUUUCCGGAACCCAUCGCUUACUAAAGGAAGUCUGUCCGACGAGUUCUUCAAAAUGCUACCGAAAAGCUGCGCUGUGUCACAUAGAACAGAAAGAAUACGCGAAAGCGUCUGCGGUGAUCCGCUGUUGUCCCACCAAUGAGGCGGCCACUCACUAUGUAUUGUUUCUCAGCGCCGUUCAUCAAGGUUUGGAGGACGAAGCUAGUAAAGCCCUCCACGGCAUGGUGGAAGCACCGGACUUUGACCGGAAAAUGUUACUUUUGGCGACUCAAUUGUCGCACGAGCUGGAGAUGAAAUCUGUAUUGCUUAAUACACUGGAAGCACUCCUGAGGACUCUCAAGGCUUCUCAAAGCGGCGAAACAGCUGUUGAAGCGAUGGUUCUACUUCGUUGCAUCAUACGUCUCGCAUUAAAGCUACUCUUGGAGCCAACCGCCAAUAAGGGUAAACUUAUCGAUAAUGUGGUCAAUCAUUUCCAUACUGCUAGGAUAUUGGUGAAUUCCGCCUGCGAACAGAAGUCGAUGGCCUUGAUAAUCAAGGAUGUUUCGUGGUUAUGGAGAACGGCCUAUAACUGUGCCGUACAAGGUUGUUCAGAAUGGGAGGGACAUCAAGGACAGAUUUGUGAUUUAUUCGAUGUCGCCCGCGAUCUACUUGAGGCAUGGUGUCAGGGAGAUCCAGUGGACCUUGACUCAGAUCUUUACACACACCUUAUUUAUGCAUCCUUUUCUGGGGUUUCCGGUCGAGUUUUUGCGGCACGCGAACAGAUGUCAACAGAAGGUGUCAUGGAUGCCGGACGUAUGCGCGAGAUCUCCGCGGAAAUCAAUCGAUGUAUAACGAAGGUAUCGGAAAUUCUGGAGAGUGACCGAAUCACAGACGAAAGUGAUGCUCUGCGUACGCAGUAUAUUCUAUAUUCCCUUCGAAUUUUUGGGGUAGAAAUGCGUGUGCAAUUGAAGGAUUGGGAGGAAGUUCUCAAGAUCGUAGGAACCGUUGUGAAAUCAGGGCCUUUGGCAGUGGGGACAUAUGAAGCAAUUGCGGACAUUCUGUGGGUUGCAAACGAUUGCCCUGUUAACGUGCUGUACGCGGCUCUCGAAGCUAUACUUCAUGCAAGUUUAGAUAACAGCGCGCUUUCAGUGGAGAAGUUCUCCCGGUGGUUGCGAGCCUUAUGCACCAUCUUAUUAGCUCGGAAUGCACCCGCGGACAGAAUCAAAGCAAUCGGAUAUGUCGAACAAGCCGCCAGCGUGAUGGAAGAAUACAGCGAGGGUGACGAGGCUUACCCCAUGGAUGAACGUUUCUGGUUGUUGGCUACCGCGUAUAACACAGGUUUGGAGUGUUUAGAGGCCUCGCUGUUAGAUGAAGCGAAAAGAUGGUUCGAAACAUCCACCGUGAUAUGCAAGUUCGUCUCUGGUGGGGUAGAACGUGCUGAGAAGAUUUCUGAGACCUAUACGCGAUUGCUUGCUCGUUAUACGCAGGAGCUAGGACCAUCAAGCUAGAGCUGAACUGUUCAUCAAGAUUCUUUUUACAUCAUCCUUGGAUAUCUCCUGAACUUCAAUGAUCCUGCCUUGCUGUUUCCCGUCUUGGUCUCUCUGUUACGCCUGUUCUGAUUCUGCCCGGCCGCAUUCAGAAGACCCUUUUGGCUGUCAUGGCUUCCUGUAUUCUACCAAGUAAUAAUGUUCAGCUACCGUUUGUAAGAUCAUGUUCGUUGUAGC